AUGAUUGACCACACGACCAAGAUGCUCGCAACCGUAAUGGCACCAGAAUUCUGGAACGUUGAACAUCCGAUUCAGGGCCUUCUCCCGGAAGAUCCUGAAUCGGAUGUCGAACUACUGGGCGAUGACGUGGGGGUUCUGCUGCAGGUUCGUUCGCGCAGUCCGUCAGCGCGCCGCCGCAUCAUCGGCCUGCUAUUCCGCAUAUUGGGGCUGACGGCGCAUCAGAUCGUCCCAAUGGAGAUCUGCAGCAGACAGAGGUUAAAAGAGGUUAGCGACCCCAAUGUUCCCGACAUAUGCUAG